AUGGCGUCCUCUGGAUUUUCUAUUGUUACUCCGGCAUCCCGAGGACUAGGGUUUGCCUUCGCACGGUACCUUCUAAAAAAUUCCAAUCUACCUGUCGUGGCAACUGCACGACGGAAUUGUGAUGAAGUCCACUAUCGACUGCUUGAAGGCACUAGAGCUAAAGAGAGACUACAGGUUCUCACGGUUGACGUUACCGAUGAAUCCUCUAUCUCCUCCAUGGCAUCCCAUCUCCGCGACAGCUACCCCAACACACCCCUCCGCCUAGCACUAACCCUGCCUGGCAUUUUGCACGUCGAAAAAUCACCUUCCCAAAUAUCCGCAUCCAACGCCCUACAGAGCUUCCAAGUCAAUGCCCUCGGUCCUCUCCUCCUGAUGAAACACCUAACCCCCUUCCUCCCCACCAAAUCAUCACCCUCUUUCGAACCAACAAACAAAAAGGAUGUACUCAACCUCCCCUCCCACGCAAUCUACGCGAUGAUGGCUGCGCGUGUGGGAUCUAUCUCGGAUAACUCAUCGGGGGGCUGGUAUUCGUACCGGGCUAGUAAAGCGUCUGUGUUUCAGCUGGCGAAGACGUUGGAUUUGCAUUUGCGCACGCGCAGUCGAGAAAGGGCAUUGGCAGUGGCUUUGCACCCUGGGACUGUGAAGACGGAUUUUACGAGGGACUAUUGGAAUGGGAGGGGGAUGCAGGAGGCGGAUGAGGCGGUGGAGAGGUUGUUGGAGGUUUUAGUGGGGAUGGGGAUGGAGGGAAGGGGGAGGUGUUGGGAUUGGAAGGGGGAAGAGGUAGUGCCAUGA